GCCGCCGCCGCCGCCGCUUCGUCCUCAGCCCCCGAGAUCGUGGUGUCUAAGCCCGAGCACAACAACUCCAACAACCUGGCGCUCUAUGGAACCGGCGGCGGAGGCAGCACCGGAGGAGGCGGCGGCGGUGGCGGGAGCGGGCACGGCAGCAGCAGUGGCACCAAGUCCAGCAAAAAGAAAAACCAGAACAUCGGCUACAAGCUGGGCCACCGGCGCGCCCUGUUCGAAAAGCGCAAGCGGCUCAGCGACUACGCGCUCAUCUUCGGCAUGUUCGGCAUCGUGGUCAUGGUCAUCGAGACCGAGCUGUCGUGGGGCGCCUACGACAAGGCGUCGCUGUAUUCCUUAGCUCUGAAAUGCCUUAUCAGUCUCUCCACGAUCAUCCUGCUCGGUCUGAUCAUCGUGUACCACGCCAGGGAAAUACAGUUGUUCAUGGUGGACAAUGGAGCAGAUGACUGGAGAAUAGCCAUGACUUAUGAGCGUAUUUUCUUCAUCUGCUUGGAAAUACUGGUGUGUGCUAUUCAUCCCAUACCUGGGAAUUAUACGUUCACAUGGACGGCCCGGCUUGCCUUCUCCUAUGCCCCAUCCACAACCACCGCUGAUGUGGAUAUUAUUUUAUCUAUACCAAUGUUCUUAAGACUCUAUCUGAUUGCCAGAGUCAUGCUUUUACAUAGCAAACUUUUCACUGAUGCCUCCUCUAGAAGCAUUGGAGCACUUAAUAAGAUAAACUUCAAUACACGUUUUGUUAUGAAGACUUUAAUGACUAUAUGCCCAGGAACUGUACUCUUGGUUUUUAGUAUCUCAUUAUGGAUAAUUGCCGCAUGGACUGUCCGAGCUUGUGAAAGGUACCAUGAUCAACAGGAUGUUACUAGCAACUUCCUUGGAGCGAUGUGGUUGAUAUCAAUAACUUUUCUCUCCAUUGGUUAUGGUGACAUGGUACCUAACACAUACUGUGGAAAAGGAGUCUGCUUACUUACUGGAAUUAUGGGUGCUGGUUGCACAGCCCUGGUGGUAGCUGUAGUGGCAAGGAAGCUAGAACUUACCAAAGCAGAAAAACACGUGCACAAUUUCAUGAUGGAUACUCAGCUGACUAAAAGAGGAAAGGAAGAACAUGGAGACAACAAUUGCAAUACACAGUGGAGAACUCAACACCUCUUGAUUAAAAAAAAAAAAAAAAAAAAAAAAAAGAUGAAUAAAAAAGAAGUUUCCUGAAGGAGUAAAAAAUGCAGCUGCCAAUGUACUCAGGGAAACAUGGCUAAUUUACAAAAAUACAAAGCUAGUAAAAAAGAUAGAUCAUGCAAAAGUAAGAAAACAUCAACGAAAAUUCUUGCAAGCUAUUCAUCAAUUAAGAAGUGUAAAAAUGGAGCAGAGGAAACUGAAUGACCAAGCAAACACCUUGGUGGACUUGGCAAAGACCCAGAAUAUCAUGUAUGAUAUGAUUUCUGACUUAAACGAAAGGAGUGAAGACUUCGAGAAGAGGAUUGUUACCCUGGAAACAAAAUUAGAGACUUUGAUUGGUAGCAUCCACGCCCUCCCUGGGCUCAUAAGCCAGACCAUCAGGCAGCAGCAGAGAGAUUUCAUUGAGGCUCAGAUGGAGAGCUACGACAAGCAUGUCACUUACAAUGCUGAGCGGUCCCGGUCCUCGUCCAGGAGGCGGCGGUCCUCUUCCACAGCGCCACCAACUUCAUCAGAGAGUAGCUAGAAGAGAAUAAGUUAACCACAAAAUAAGACUUUUUGCCAUCAUAUGGUCAAUAUUUUAGCUUUUAUUGUAAAGCCCCUAUGGUUCUAAUCAGCGUUAUCCGGGUUCUGAUGUCAGAAUCCUGGGAACCUGAACACUAAGUUUUAGGCCAAAAUGAGUGAAAACUCUUUUUUUUUUCUUUCAGAUGCACAGGGAAUGCACCUAUUAUUGCUAUAUAGAUUGUUCCUCCUGUAAUUUCACUAACUUUUUAUUCAUGCACUUCAAACAAACUUUACUACUACAUUAUAUGAUAUAUAAUAAAAAAAAAGUUAAUUUCUGCACAUA